AUGGAAUGGCUAUCAACGUCAACUGUGAUAGAAAGAGCAAAAGAGGAACUGGAAAUUUUGGAAACUAACCAUCCCAAUGGCUUUCACUAUUUAAAGUCGGAGCUCAAGAUUUUCAUUUCUAGUUUCGACUCUCACAACUUCCCUCCUCCAUGUAAUACUGCUCCUCUGCCUACUACUUCCUCUGCUCUCACUCAAGAGUCAUCAACCAGCAAAAAGAGAAAGGCAAACAGGCUGACGAGCAAUGAGGAUACUGAUGAAACGGCUAUGCCGAAGAUUCGGAAGGUACCUGCAUUAGGUUUUUUUUUUCUUGAUCCCGAGGUUCGAGAAACUGGAUCGAGUCUCCUCAAGGAUAUCAAAAUUUGGCACGGAGCUGUCUCCCAGCUCCGUGAUGCAUGA